AUGGCCUCGCCAACAUCACCUUCAUCCGUGAACACCCCAGGCUCACCGAGUCAAGCCCCGGCCGAGAAACCCUCCGCUCCACCCGUCAACAUCCUUCCCUCCCAACUCGCGCAGACAUAUUCCUACGCGCACCCAGUAAUCCUGCUGGGACUAGGGGCAUGGCGGUUCGAGGCUUUGGUCGCUAACCCUAUGCGGGAGCUUCUUGCGGAUUUGCCGUGGCUAGCUGCGCUACAGAUCUCCUAUGUCAUGCUUUGUCUCCCGCCGGCGGGGACGGCUGCUGUCGAAGCUGGUGCUGCAGCUGAUGAGGAGAAGAAGAAGGCUCCCCGUUCACCUUCGGGUCCUUCAGUUACUUUUCGCCCGGGCAAGCCUGGAUAUCGCCGGAAGCACUCCUCGGGGAAGAGCUCUUGGACGUGCAUUUGGGCCAAGUUGAUGCCCGCUUUCCUUUCCCUCACUUUCACAUCCCUUCUCGCUACGCCUGUAAUUGCCGUCCUCCUGGUUCUUUUUGGUGCUCCUCUCACCACACACAAUGCCGAGACAAUCCUCUGCGCAGCCCACAUGGCUCUCUUAUCCGCUACCGCCCUGGUCUACGUACACGGCAUAGAUACGUCAGUUUGGAGGGAAAUCUGGGGCAUUGCCCGUCCCGCAGAUGCAGUCUGGGGUAGCGCUCUGGGUACUGGCCUAGGUGCUUGGUUCGGAGCUAUUCCGAUUCCUCUUGACUGGGACCGCCCAUGGCAAGCAUUCCCCAUUACCAUUCUCACUGGCGCGUACAUCGGGUACGCGGUUGGAUCGUUGGUCUCUCGAACUCCGCUCAUUUAUGGAAAGCGCAUCCAGUUUGCGCCCGAGCCCGCUGAGGAGGGUGAGAAGAAGACUAACUAG